AUGUCUCCACAGCGAUCGACCCACCCAACAGCCCACCAAGACCAUCCAUUCCACUAUGUACCCGGCGGCACCUUCGGCUAUCCUCCCAUUCUCCCAUUGGCUGAGAGGGAGGCGGGAGACGGAUAUAAACCUGGCCAACCCGCCGACAUAAGUGUCACCAGCGUUAUCAGCGGGGGUCCCGAUCCCCCGAAGGUCCUUGUACCAGCUAUUACAGGAUCAGAUAACGACGGGCUCAGCGCGUUCGCGUGGAAACUAUGA